AUGGCUGCAGUCGCCCAGCUGUCGGACACAGGGCCCCAGAGUCUGGCCCCAACAGUCCUCGAGCCGGCAGCCUCUGUCCGGCGCGGCAGCACAGGGCCAGCAGGGGCCGAGGGCCUGCUUUUCCUGGGUAGGGCCACCUCUCUGACUGCCCCCUGCUUGAUCGCUGACCCGGGGCAGUAUCCCAUGGACAGGGAAGAGGCCUCUGGCUGCCAGGGCAGCGUGGAGUCCCGCGCCGCCGCCGCCCGCGAGCUGCUCCUGGCGGCGCUGGAGGACCUGAGCCAGGAGCAGCUGAAGCGCUUCCGCCACAAGCUGCGGGACGCGCCGCUGGCCGGUCGCAGCAUCCCCUGGGGGCGGCUGGAGUGCGCGGACGCCGUGGACCUGGCAGACCAGCUGACCCACUUCUACGGGCCGGAGCCCGCGCUGGACGUGGCCCGCAAGACCCUGAAGCGGGCGGAUGUGCGCGACGUGGCCGCGCGGCUCAAGGAGCAGCGGCUGCAGCGGCUGGGCCCCAGCUCCUCGGCGCUGCUGUCCGUGUCGGAGUACAAGAAGAGGUACCGCGAGCACGUGCUGCGGCAGCACGCCACGGUGAAGGAGAGGAACGCGCGCUCCGUGAAGAUCAACAAGCGCUUCACCAAGCUGCUGAUCGCGCCCGAGGCCGCCGUCCUGGAGGACGAGCCCCUGGACCCCGCGGACGAACCCCGGUCUGAGCGCGCGCGGCGCUCGGACACCCACACCUUCAACCGGCUCUUCAGCCGCGACGACGAGGGCCGCCGGCCCCUGACCGUGGUGCUGCAGGGCCCGGCGGGCAUCGGCAAGACGAUGGCCGCCAAGAAAAUCCUGUACGACUGGGCGGCGGGCAAACUGUACCAGGGCCAGGUGGACUUCGCCUUCUUCCUGCCGUGCCGCGAGCUGCUGGAGGGCCCGGCCACGCGCAGUCUGGCCGACCUGCUCCUCGAGCAGUGCCCGGAUCGCGGCGCGCCUUUGCGGCAGAUCCUGGCGCAGUCGGAGCGGCUGCUCUUCAUCCUGGACGGCGCGGACGAGGUGCCCGCAGACGCCGCGCCCUGCACAGACCCGUUUGAGGCGGCAGGGGGCGCGCGGGUGCUGGGCGGCCUGCUGAGCAAGGCGCUGCUCCCCCAGGCGCGCCUGCUGGUGACCACGCGCACGGCGGUGGCCGGGAGGCUGCAGGGCCGCCUGCGCACGCCGCAGUGCGCCGAGGUGCGCGGCUUCUCCGACAAGGACAAGAAGAAGUACUUCUACAAGUUCUUCAAGGACGAGCGGCGGGCGGAGCGCGCCUACCGCUUCGUGAAGGAGAACGAGACGCUGUUCGGGCUGUGCUUCGUGCCCUGCGUGUGCUGGAUCGUGUGCACGGUUCUGCACCAGCAGCUCGAGCUCCGCCAGGACCUGUCGCGCACCUCCAAGACCACCACCUCGGUGUACCUGCUCUUCAUCACCAGCAUGCUGACCUCGGCGCCCACUGCCAGGCCUCAGGUGCGGGCCGAGCUGUGCAAGCUGUGCCGCCUGGCCCGCGAAGGCGUCCUCGCGCGCAGGACGCGGUUCCCCGAGUGCGACCUGGAGCGCCUGGGGCUGCAUGGCUCCGAGGUCCAGAUGCUGUUUCUCAGCAAGAAGGAGCUGCCCGGUGUCCUGCAGACCGAGGUCACCUACCAGUUCAUGGACCAGAGCUUCCAAGAGUUCCUUGCCGCUCUCUCCUACCUGCUGGAAGAGCAGGGUGCCCCCGGGGACCCCGCGGACGGUGUCGGGGCGCUUCUGCGCCGGCACACCCAUCCGCUUGGCCACCUCACACUCACCACGCGUUUCCUCUUCGGGCUGCUGAACGCGGAGAGGAUGCGCGACAUCGAGCGCCACUUCGGCUGCGCCGUGUCAGAGCGCGUGAAGCAGGACGUCCUGAGGUGGGUGCAGGAGCAAGGCCCCCCCAGAGCGGCACCAGAGCUGCCCCAGGAGGCCGCAGGGCUGGGGAACGCUGAGGAGCCGGAGGAGCUGGAGGAGCCCGAGGAGCGCAGCUUCCCGCUGGAGCUGCUGUACUGCCUGUACGAGACGCAGGAGGCCGCCUUCGUGCGCGAGGCCCUGCGCGGCCUCCCGCGGCUGGUGCUGGAGCGCGUGCACUUCAGCCCCAUGGACGUGGCGGUCCUGAGCUACUGCGUGCGGAGCUGCCCCGCGGGACAGGCGCUGCAGCUGGCGGGCUGCAGACUGGUCGCUGCACAGGAGAAGAAGAAGAAGAAGAGCCUGAUGAGGCGGCUGCAGAGCGGCCUGGGCGGCGGCGCGAGCGCGCCCACCGCCGCGCGGAAACCGCAGGCCUCCCUGCUGCGUCCGCUCUGCGAGGCCAUGACCGACCCGCAGUGCGGCCUGAGCAACCUCACGCUGGCCCACUGCAAAGUCCCGGACCUGGCCUGCCGGGACCUUGCUGAGGCCCUACGGAGGGCGCCCUGCCUGGUGGAGCUGGGCCUCCUGCACAAUGCACUCAGCGCGGCCGGCCUGCGAGUGCUGGGCGAGGGCCUGGCCUGGCCCCAGUGCCGGGUGCACACGCUCAGGAUGCAGCAGCCCAGUCUCCAGGAAGCCCUCCAGUGCCUGCUGGGCGUCCUCCACCAGAGACCGGCACUGACCACCCUGGACCUCAGCGGCUGCUGGCUGUCGGAACCCACGGUGACCUGCCUGUGUGCUGCCCUGCUGCACCCAGCGUGCCGCCUGCAGACCCUCAGGCUGACCUCGGUGGAGCUGAGCCAGCUGUCGCUGCAGGAGCUGCAGGCUGUGAAGGCUGACCGGCCUGGUCUGGUCAUCGAGCACCCAGCGCUGGACAGCCACUCAGAGCCUGAGCUGGGGUUGAGCAGCACCCUCUGAGGCCCUGGGGGCCAGAGGGGGAUGGUGGGUGCAGGCUCCAGUGACCGGCAGAGUUGACCUCCCCAUUCCAGGGGGAGAGGGUGUGCUCUCUGCCCUGGGCCUGGACAGGCUUCAGGCGUGACCCUCCCCCACAGGUUAUGCCUGUGUCCUCCACAACCUGGCUCCUCGCCCCAGCCCUGCACCCGCAGGCGCCCCCCUGGUGUGCAUAGCCAGACCAACCCUUUGCCGGUCCCACCCGUCCGCAGUGCGGCCCCUCGCCCUGCACCUCUGCCAGAACUUAGCCUGAGGUGUCCACUCAUGUCCACAGUCAUCAGGAGUGGAGCUGGAAGAGUGGCCGGCACUGGGCGGGAGGUGAUGGCCAGGUGGGUGGCCUUCGUGCCAUAAUAAAUUCUCCUUGGGGAGCCUCCCUGGUGGCGCAAGGAGUCAAGCACAGCACAGUGAAGCUAUCAGCAACCUCUGCAGCAAGAGUUUGAUCCCUUGGCCAGCCAGGGACACCCACAUGGCACAGCAGACCUCUCCUGUCUCCCCCCUGCUCCCCUCAGCAGUGUAUUUCAGCUGAUAUACCUGUUCUGUUCCCCACUCUGUCUCUGGUGAAUCCUCUCACUCCCUCUACCUCUGGUCUGUACCCCAAUUCUUGUAUGCAUAAAUAAAUUUUUACAAAUAAAUGAAUCAAUGAA